AUGAGCGGCAACUCACUAAUUUCGCAGAUCCUAACGGAGGCAGAAAUUACUGAACUGGGUCUACAUGGCAGCGUGAUAAAGCACUGCUCCUCUCCAUACAUCAUCAACAAAAAAUACUUUAUUCAAAUAUGUGUGUACUACCUUCUGAGUACGUUCCUUUUUUUUUUGGUUUACGUUACUAUCACCACCCUCGUACUGACUAGUUCGAAGACGGAGCUAAACAAAACUAUUAUCCUGAUACUCUAUGUGUACAUCUUUGUCUUCUUCUACAUCGACCUGAUUGUAAGUAACAGCAUAAAGUAUGAGUUGGUGAAGCGGUACAACAUAAAGGAGGUUCGCAAGAGGAUUUAUGGGCGCUUCCUGGGCCCCUCCCCCGGGGGGGCUCAAGCGCCGACCACCAGCGCAGUGGUUAGCGGCGUGCCGACCAGCGGUGCUCGAGCUUGGAAAGAGGGACCCCCCCCCGGGGGCACCGAGAAAAAAAGCCAAGGAGGCCCCCCCACGAGCAGACAAGACAAGCAAAGCGAAGGAAAAAAAAAAAAACUAUUCACCAGUGAGAAGUACUACAUUGUGGAGGAGGAAGAAGAAGAAGAGCAGCAACGUCAGCGGCAGCAAUAUCAGCAGCAGCAGCAGCGGCGGCAACGUCAGGAGGCAAGCCACUUCGAAGAGGGGAGAAGACGAGCAGGCGGUCCUAGAGCACCACCACCACCACCACCCGAGGAAGACGAAAAAUUUUAUCACCUAGAUCAACUCAAAGAAACGAAUGAGAGCAUUAAUGCAGAGCUCAUGAAAUACAUCCAAUACGAAAAUAAAAAUUACACAAUUGACAGUUACCGAUACGAUCUGUUUCUCAUCAUUUCUGGAUUUAUUAAUCAGUUAAAUAUUUUUUUUGAUCUCCUCUUUCUAUUCUAUGUGUACGAUUAUAGUCUGAAAUUAUUUUCUGUUUGUCUUUUUAUUUAUGCAUAUUAUUUGGUUCACUUUGUUAUUCUAAUAAAAUUUUCCGUCGUGAUGAUUCGAGCUCUGUUGAGCAUACACAGAAAGGGUUUGUCUCGAUCGUAUAGGAAAGCUACGUCACUAUGGAAGUGGCUGCUCUCUUUCUUCUGCGCGCGUUUGCUCAAAAACCAAUUAGUGAACCCACGGCAGCCGAAGAUUUUCUUUAACAAGUACGUUAACUACAACAGCUGGAGCUUCGUCUACCACCACGGUGUCUCCCUCAAUGGCAGCAAAGAAAUGUUCAAGAAGCUACGAGACUCCGAUUCGGAUGACACCAAACAGGUGAUGCUACGCGUAGGCAGACCUCCCGAUAAACGUGCAAACAUACACACUGUGCAGAUAAACAGACCACGAGAAAAGACAAAGAAAAGCAAACAAACAGAUCAACAUGUUGAGAUGAAUCGAAAAAUACAACAACCAAAGGAAGACUGUGAAAAGGCUCUCCGUCCAUCACAUGUCCAGACCAUCGCCGACAUGUCCUCCUUCCUCUCCCAUUAUCAUAUUUUGAAUAUUAUUAAAAGCAAAUUCCUCUCCGCGCACAGCGUCUACGAGCACGUGAGCUUCACUCUGGUGUUCUUCGUCUGGAAACUCCUCUACAUGGACGUCGUCCUGUGCCUACUAAAAAUUUUCAUCCUCUUUUACACAAGUGACGUGUUGGCAAUUGGUUUGUUCCUGGCCAUCGCCCUGGCCAACAUUGCCAACUCGUACGUAAUCCAUUUGGUCGACAAUAAUUUGAUGAGCGACAUCGGCUCGAGC